CGUCCUCUAACACUAAUUGCUCAAAUUAUCCGAACACCUACCCAAAUAGGCGUCCAGAUUUGGCAAGGCCCAUACGGAUAGCUAUUUACACCCUAUGUAAAUCCCUUAAUCUUAAUCUUGGUUCUAGUCUUAUGGUUUUGUUCCUCCCUUGUGCUGUCCCCCACUAGUCAUUUCCUUAAUUUGUCAAGCCUACAACUAUCAGUUUUGGCUGUCCUAUAACUCACCCCAUUGAUUCCCUGUGGCCUCGGGCACCCAAAUGGCUUUUGUGAAGCAUUUAGAAGCAAGAUUGUCCAAGACCCAGAAAUGAGGUAAAUCUUCUUAGAGACCAGGGCAAAGGGUCUCUCACCCUGGCAUGCCCCAAUACAAUUCAUGCUCUUUGUUGUUGUUUGAAUUUAGUUUUUUAUCAUCGUUUUCUGUAAAACCACAAACCAGAACUUGUUCCUGGUUUGGGUUGAUAUAUUAGAAAAAAGAUAAAAAAGAAAAAAAAAGAAAAGAAAGAAAGCUAAGUUCAUGGCAGGAUGCUCGAUUUUAACAAAUGGGUCUGCCUUAGAUUGCGUUGAUAUUGCUAGUGCUUACCAAAAUAAUGGUUGUAGCGUUGCUAGUGAUAAUUCCGUAGAAGAUGUUGCCGUUGUGGGUGUUCACGAUUCUCAUGAUGAUUACAAGGUUAAACUUCGAGGCCUUUUCGACCAGGUUCUUUCAGUUUUCCUGAAAGAGAUUACUAGUAAAGGUGUUAUUAGGCCUGUUCCGGCAGUGCUCGGUGAUGGGCGGUCCCUGGAUUUGUUUAGACUUUUCUGGGUAGUGCGGAAGAGAGGAGGGUUUGAUAUGGUGUCGAAGAAGGGCCUGUGGGCUUUUGUGGCGGACGAUAUGGGUUUGGAUCUUAGAGCGACGCCUUCGGUGAAAUUGAUAUGUUUUAAAUACUUGAACGAGUUGGAGAAAUGGUUCAAGGAGAGGUGUAGAGAUAGGAAGCUGGGGAAUGGGCAGUUUGGAUGUGAUGGGGGUUUCGGUUUGUUGUCUUUGGAGGUGGAGACAGAGUUUAGAGGUUUGUUGUCUCAUGGGCUGUCGAAAAAGAAGAAUGAUGAUGGAUUUGUUCGACUGGAAUCUUGUAAAAGUGGAGAGUACACUGAUAUGGAUGUUGGAAAGAGGGGAUUUCAUUUUUCAGACACCAAGAUCGCAAGUAGAAUCCGGGACGAUGUUGGUAAAGUCUGUCGUGAUGAUGACAAACACAUUUUUAAGGAUGUUGGUGCUGAUCAUAUAAUCCUGGAUUCUAAAAUUGCUAAGGAAGAAUUUAACUUUCGUAAGAGAAAGCUAGAGUCUGUAGCAGGAGUACUGAAGUGGGUGAUCCAGAUCGCAAAGAAUCCUGCUGAUCCUUCAGUUGGGGUAAUACCAGAGCCAUCUAAGUGGAACGAGCAUGAAGGCAAGGAGUUCUGGGCCCAGGUAAUUAGGGCAAGGGAAGCACUGUUGCUAAGAAGGCAUGUCAUUCAUAAGACUGAAGGAUCUCCCUUGGAGAAGAAGCUGAAGAUGCAUCCCUCUAUGUAUGAGGAUAGUAGUGCCCCUUGUCACCACCAGUCCACAGCAAGGGUAAGAUGCAGUCAAAGGCUUCCUACUUUGGGGAAAUGUCCUGCUUGUUCUUGUUGCAAUUCACGUUCAGCCAAUCAGCUUAAAUUGAGCCCUCAUCAGAUGGAGUUGGAUAAUGGCCCCAAGGAGCAAGAACUUGUUACUGUUGAUAUAUCAGCCACAGAUGCAAAAGUUAACCCACCUGAGGAUGAUUACCUUCCAAGGCAAGUUUAUGGGGAUUGUCUUGCUGAGGUCCCUGAAUGGACUGGUGUGGUUUCACAGAGUGACUCGAAGUGGCUAGGGACAUGUAUAUGGCCUUUGGAACACAAAAGGCAUAUUGAACUAAUUGAAACAGAUCCCAUUGGGAGGGGAAGACCGGAUUUAUGUGGCUGUCGACUCCCAGGUUCUGUUGAAUGUGUUAGAUUUCAUAUAGCUGAGAAGAGGAUGAAAUUGAAACUUGAACUGGGCUCAGUGUUUUAUCGUUGGAGAUUUGAUCGUAUGGGUGAGGAAGUUUCACUUCAAUGGACAUCUGAUGAAGAAACGAGAGUUAAGGAUAUGGUAAGGUCAAAUCUUUGGAAAAAUGCAUUCAAGUGCUUUCCAAGGAAGACGAGGGAAAACUUGGUGAGUUAUUACUUCAAUGUAUUCCUUGUCCUGCGAAGAAGAUAUCAGAAUCGCGUGACCCCUAAUAAUAUUGACAGCGAUGAUGAUGAGUCGGACUUCGGAUCUUUAGGCAACAGUUUUGGGCAUGAAGCAGUCAACGUCCCAGGCUUCAAUUUUCUAGCAUGUUCUGAGAAUAAGCAAUGCACUGAUUUUGAAUAAGACAAAAUGUGGAGCUGGAUUGGAUUUCAUCACUUUCAUCAGAUGUUUGGUUUGACCCUUAAGAGUGAACAACAUGACUUUGCCUUUGCCCCUGUUCAAUUUUUGUAAGAUAGUUUCCCUUAUAUACACAGAAACAACUCUCUCCCUUGAAAUUUUGGUGAGAUAAAGAGUAUCACAUUAAAGUGUGGUGCAAUUUUGAUGAGAAGUUAUGUUCAUGGUUGUGGAAUCCAAUUUGGUGGGUUUCUUGAUCGAGUUUCUUUGGCUGCUGCAGUAUCAGUUCACAAAGCUGUAUUAUAGAUCUUGAGAGAGAUGCUGCAUUGUGAAUACUUGUAUCUCAUACCAGCUACUAUUACUACUACUACUACUACUACUUAGGGUAUACCUAUUUCAUUAGAUAGGAGAAGAGAAAGGAAGAGAGAUAGUGGUUCGGAUUCAACUUGUACUUUUGGUUUUUCUUACUUAGAUGUGCAUGUGGAUUCUUUGCAUCAUGUUCCAAACUA